AACCCAGGGUUGCAUCCAUUUAACCAAAUAGCACCCAAGUAUGACGCUGAAAUCUGAAUCAAACACGGAAUAUCUCGUUUUCGUCUGCACAAACAAAUUAUAUCCGAAAGUCAUCCUACUCAUCAUCAGAAUAAGAAGAAACCACGCCAACACCAUCAACGACCAACCACAUCCCCAACCGAGAAACGAUACAGAGAAGAAUCACAUAUAUCUUUCAAUUCCUAAUUAAAAUACCCUAAUUUUUCUGUUUUGAAUCACUUUUUCUCAGAUUUUCCCCAGUUCUAAGCAAUUGAGAUUGAGAAUUUUCAGAGAUAGAAAAUCCAAUUGUCAUGAUCGUUUGUAUUGACUCUUAUUACAAUCAAUAUGAACAAUCACAACAACAACAACAACAACAACGGGAUGAUGUCAUCAUCUUCAUCAUCAAUAACAAACUCUCAAUUACCAGGAUUGAAAGCUCAUAUUAAAACUCCAGAAGGUCGUUACAAAUUCCAAUACGAAAAAACUCAUCCUUCUGGUUUCCUUCAUUACACUAACAGCAAAGUCAUCACUAAGUUGACAGUUGCUCAUCUUAAAGAGAGAACAGCACAAUCACAGCCUACUCCGAGUUCGUCUUCAUCCUCGUCUUCUAGCUACAGUGCUAGUAGUAGUGUAAGAUUAGUAGCAUCCAAACUAUUGGGAGCAGGGAAUGGUAGUCGUACACUUAGUUUCGUUGGAUUAAAUGGACCUAGUAAAGCUGUUGCUGCUGGGACUAAUAGGAUUGGUUCGAUGGGUGGUAUUUCACCGUCGAAUAACUUCCCGAUUAUAUCGAAUUUUGAUGGAAAAGGAAGUUAUUUGAUUUUCAAUGUUGGUGAUACUAUUUUCAUUAGUGAUCUCAAUACGCCAGAUAAGGAUCCUAUAAAGUCAUUACAUUUCAGUAGCUUGAAUCCUGUUUGCCACGCAUUUGAUCCGGAAUCCAAAGAUGGGCAUGACUUGCUUAUUGGAUUGUACUCUGGAGAUGUUUACUCGUUAUCGCUGCGUCAGCAAUUGCAAGAUGUUGGAAAGAGGCUUGUAGGUGCACAACAUCACAAUAAAGAUGGUUUAGUUAAUAACAGUCGAUGCACCAGUAUUGCAUGGGUGCCUGGAGGUGAUGGUACAUUUGUUGUUGCUCAUGCUGAUGGGAACUUGUACAUCUAUGAUAAGAACAAGGAAGGUAGCGCUGAUACUGCAUUACCUGUCAUCAAGGACCAAACUCAAUUUUCUGUUGCUCAUACACGGUCCAGCAGGACUAACCCAGUUGCUAGGUGGCAUAUCUGUCAAGGGCCAAUUAGUCAUAUAGCCUUCUCAAACGAUGGGAGUCAUUUGGCAACUGUUGGAAGAGAUGGUUACUUACGAGUAUUUGACUACUCAAAAGAGCAGCUAAUAUGCGGUGGAAAAAGCUAUUAUGGUGCUUUACUAUGCUGUGCUUGGAGCAUGGAUGGAAAAUAUAUUUUGGCUGGAGGAGAAGAUGAUCUAGUACAUGUGUGGAGCAUGGAUGAGCAUAAGGUAGUUGCAUGGGGGGAGGGUCACGGCUCAUGGGUUAGUGGAGUUGCCUUCGACUCUUACUGGUCAACGCCAACUUCUGAUGGCAGCGGGGAAAGCAUCAUGUAUCGGUUUGGUUCCGUUGGUCAGGACACUCAGUUGCUUCUCUGGGACCUGGUAAUGGAUGAGAUUGUGGUACCACUGCGGCGUUAUCCAACUGGUGGUUCCCCCACAUACAGCACCGGAAGCCAAUCUUCUUACUGGGAUAGCAUUUCCCCUGUGGGUACUCUUCAACCUUCUCCUAGCAUUCGAAAUGUGCCCAAGAUCUCCCCUUUAGUCGUUCAGCGUGUUCAUACUGAUCCACUCUCUGGCUUGGUAUUUACAAAAGAGUCCAUCCUCACUGUUUGCCGGGAGGGUCAUGUGAAAGUAUGGACAAGACCUGUGCCAAGUGAAAGCAAUUCCAGUAACUCAGAGACUGCUCUGAAUACCAGCUCAAAGGAGUAACCUCUUAAUACCAUGGGUAAUGUUUGCUGCUCCAGUUACAAGCAGCGAGUAAAGUAGUCUUCUUUUCACAAAAUGACAAUCUUGAUUUACCAUGGGUGAGGGUUGUGAUCUCUUUAAUAUAAUCAGGUGAACUUAUCGGGCGGUUUGAUGCCCAUUCCUAAAGUCUGCUUCUUGUUUUUGUGAUGGGUUCGGCCGUGUAGAGUCCUGGAGAUGAAUGAUGGACUGCCAUUUUGGUGAGGUGCAGAACACCAUUGGCAAGGUUUUCAUAUUAACUUGUUGGCAAGCUACUACUGUAUUGUUACUGCAGAAACACCACUGGGUGGUAUCAGUGUUCUCUUUUUUUGGUCCCUUUGUACAUAGAUUUUCAUUUCUGGUUUUGUUUAUUCUGUUUCAUUUCUCCAAAAUAAAAAUAAAUAUACAAGCCGUUAUAAUGGUCAUAAAAGAGACAUUUAUAACACAAUUUUUUGAUAAUUAUGCGUGGUAUUUAUAAUCA